UAACAAUAUAAACUUACAUUAAAAUUGCUAGUAUAAGUACGUUAAGUGUAUAAAUCAAGACUGGAUGCAAGCAUUUUAAAGAAUUGCAUUACAUGCAUGCGCAUUUUAUUCUAGUUUUGCUCGGCAACUGAAGGAAAAGGAAAUAUGAGCAAUGUUCAAAACAUUGGAUCCAGCCAUUUAAAAACUUGAAUGAAAAUGUUGUCAUAGGUGAAAGUUGUUAAUCACUGAUAAAAAGCUGGAGGCUAUGGAAUUAGAUCCUGGAGAGAGGGAUAGGAAGAGAAAGAGGACAUCAAGUGGAGGAUGUACACUCAACUCACAACAUGUGACCGAAAAUUUGAAUCAUUAUGGGGAGGUAAUCCUGCACUGUACUGUCAACAUUACAUACAAUAUACGAGCAUGUGGCAACUCUAUUGUGUUGAAGUAUGUGUGUGCUUUGUUAAACUCAGGGGGAGGUAUACUUCACAUGAGGAACCUAGAUGCUGAACGUGGUGUAGUUCUGUCCAAGCAUCUGGACACUUGGUGGAGUGGGAUGGAGAUUAAGAUGGCUGAGAUAUUGUCACGUGAUGAUAUCUGUAAUUACUUUGAUCUGGUUGGUAACCAUGACGAUAAAGAUCUCUACUUGUUUGUGAAAACUGCUGAGCAUUUGUGUUCUCUACGUUACCAUUGUAGACUUCCAACAGACACAGCAACUCAUGAGGUAACUUACCAGUCACUUUUACGUCUGCUUGUGAAUCACGGAGAAGCUGGAAGUCUGCAAGAGUUACCUCCCAUUCCAGACAGAUAUAUAUUUGGUAGAUCUGCUGAAGAAUUGAAGAAAGAAACCAAACAAAUACAGUUUAAACAGUUAUCAGCACCACAGAAUAAAUCAGGAGGAAAGAAUACACUACCAGACCGAGUUAGUGGACUGAUGAUAAAGUAUGUGUCUGCCUUUGCUAACCAUGAAGGUGGUCAUAUCUACUUUGGUAUAGGAGAUGCUCGUGCAUCUGUCAUAGGAGAAGAGCUAACUCUACCUGAUCAAAAAAAUUUAGAAUGGUUGGUAACAAACAGAAUGUACAAUAUGAUGUGGAGAGACAGUUCCGUGAGGCCAGUCAGAGGUGUUCACUGGGAUAUAAACUUCUACCCUGUAGAGAAAACACCUAAAAAUGCCAGUAGAGUAGUAGUUGUUGUGUCUGUGUGUAAAUUUCCUGGUGGAGUUUUCACCAACUGCCCCACCAGUUCAUACAUCAACACAGAGGGUCAUGUGGUGGACUUCACUUUUGACCAGUGGAAAGAAGCUGUCCUUAACCCACUGAGAGAUGUACCAGAAUUACAUCACAGAUUUCAGAAGUUAUCUCUGAUGGUACCGAGGGCACCACUGGUGUUUACAUUACCUGACACUGUACAGAUGAUCAAAACUAAAGUACUUCUUGCUAAACCAGAUGAGGUUCAACCAAGAUUGUACAUUGAAAGUUAUGCAGAGACCAAAUAUAGAGAAACCAUUAGAAAUGUAUUUAGUUACUUCAAGGGAAAGAACUCUAUUUGCCUCGGUAUGGAGUGCUGGGGACUGAAAAUACCCAUGAUGCAUUGCAAUGAUAUUCUUUGCGACAUUGCUGUAGUAACAGAGCUGGACAGUAUACAUGUGCUGACAUUAGUUUUCAUGAUUACACCACAGAUUGAGCAUCAUUCUCAGACAGUUGCUGCUGUUUUGAAAAACAAACUUGUCCAAUAUGGUGGCUGUACGGAGAAAUUCAGUGUUAUUUCACAUAUCAUUGACUUAAGAGAGCCCAACAUACAUGAGAUUUUAGAUAGGGAAAUGUCAAUUAGAGAUAUAUACCCAACUCAUUUUUGCUCAAAUAAAAGGAAAUUUGAAAAGAUUAUAACCUCAAUGGCUAUCAGCAUGGGUGCUUACAUGGCCAGAUCUCAGACAAAUACCUCAAUGAAUCAAAAUGGCAGCUAUUAUUUUCUACUGACUCAUGAUCAGUUUGAGUUACUAUGGACGCAGCAGUUUGUGAGGGAAUUAUGGGUACAUGGUCCGGCAGGGGCUGGUAAAACUGUGGCGGCCAUUCAGAUGAUUCAGGAAUUAAGGAGGCGGGGCUGUAACUUUGAUAAUAUACUCUACCUGGCUGAAAAUGAAAAAUUGUGUGACUUUGUCAGAUCUCAUGACCUAUGCCUUGUCACAACAAGAAGAACAUUGUUAGCAGAUGAACCUGACAAAAAUCUAAUGAACAGAAAAUAUGGAACAGUGUGCAAUGUUAUUGUAGAUGAAGUCCAGAAUUUCAAAGACAGAGAUGGUGACUGGUACUCAUUGGCUGAAAAACUAGCCAAUCAGAGGGCAGCAAAUCAUUUACACCGGUGUUGUAACUAUUUUUGGCUGUUUAUGGACUAUGCUCAGAAGGUUCAUAAAUUUGAAGCAGGAUUACCUUCGGUGAUCGGGAAGAAUAAUUUCAUGCUCAGUGAGGUGAGCAGAAGUACGAAGGAGAUUUUUGAUUUCACAUCCCGUUUAAUGAUGGCGUCAGAACAUGCAGAGAAUAUUUGCAGUCCUGUAUUUCAGCACGUCCAGAGUCUUCCAAAACUGGCACACAAUUUCUCAUCAGGGAAAGGGGUGGACAUUUUGUCAUGUAAAGAGGCAGAAAUGAAGAAUUUGCUGAACAGGGUGGUGUCAGGCCUGCUGAAAAAUGGCGUCCAUGAAAAUGAUAUAGCCAUCUUGGUGGGUAAAAGAACAGAACUUGAUAGACUUCAAUCAACUCUCUCUGAUAUACACCUGAAUGAAUCAAACACAUCUGAAAUGUCACAGAAACAACAAAAUGAGAGGGAAAUGUCCACUAGAAGAUCUGUUGAAGAGCAUUUGAAACACUGUGGUUCAGAUCAAUAUGUAGGUCAAAGUUCAAAGGGUAAAGGUCAGUCAGAAAAAUUAGAAAGUUCUCAGUCGGAGUAUGAAGAUGUUUCUGAUGACAGUUUGGAAGACUUUGAUUCCAUAGAAACCGGUAAUCAAUUCUCAGUGUUGUCCAGUGACAGUUCAGAUCACUUAGCAACAAAUGAAAAGGAAAACACCAGUAUUGCCAUGGAAACGGGCGGCACUCAAAAAAAAUCCAAAGUCAAAUUUUAUAGAAAUGAAUCAGAAUUUGAAGAUUCAGACACCUCAAGAGAUCAUGAGAGUCCUGGUAAAAAUAGCCUGAAGAAUGAAGUUGUUAAGGAAAAUGGGGUUGCCAUAGAUACUGUGAGGAGAUUUAGUGGAUUAGAUAAAGCUGCUGUUAUUGGGAUAAACCCGUAUGUGAAUGAGGAACAUGCAGAUUUUAAGAAGUUCCUGCUGAGUUUGGCUACAAGGGCAAAAGAUAAUCUAGUGAUUAUUACAACAUCUGAUAAUAUUAAACAACAAUUAGACAAAUUUGUUUAGAGUGAAUUUCAACUUGAGAUAGGAUAAAAAUUUUAACAUUUUGCUUAAUGUAAAAUAAAAGACAAAUAUUCAAUUUGAUCCUAAAUGAUGUAAAGAAGUGAAGUAUUGGUUUAUCACAAAUCAUUAAAAGUAUGGUACGUGAGUAACCUAACAUUCAGGUACUUGAAAACUAACCAUAAAUCAGGAGUAAAAAGUGCAAAGAUGAAAUAUAUAUCAUGUUAAUCUUACUUAUCAAAGAAAACGAAAUUUGUCUUUUAUGAUUGUCGUGCCCUUGAUGAAUCACAUAGAAAACAAAUUACCGAUGCUGACAUAUGUUCCUAGUAUGAUUUAUUGGUUUGUUAGCGAUUUCAGCAAAUUAUGAGCCAUUUUGAUCCUCACGUUUUAUUUAUAAUAUACUUUCUUAAAUUCACACUAAGGUCAUAGUGAAAGCUAGCUCUUAUUAUAUUAUUUUAAUGGCACUAACACAAUCUAGGUCAUAUAGUGCAGAAACAGGAAAGAUAACUUUGGCUAACCUCGGAUGUAACAAACUUUUAACAACACCAGGGGUCAAAACCACCUCACCUGCUGAAGCUAAGAGUUGCAUAGACUCCAUAAGGAGGGACAGUUUUUAUGUCAAAGUUGUUUUGUUAUUUUUAUGAAGCAUUUAUAUAUAGACAUAUCUUAUGUAUUUGUUCUUUAUUUGUUUUAUAAAUGGAUAAAUUCAUAUAAUUCAUAUGUAGAUUUAUUUUGAUAAAUGUCGAAUAUACUCAGUGAUUUAUAGAAUGCCAAGGGAGGUAACUAGACUCAUAUUUUAGGAUAAAAUUGUGCAUGGU